UAAAAAAAUAAAUCUGACGGGCUGUAUUUUCUCAGACUUUUCUACAUUUAUUAUUUACAAAUUAAUACUUACCUAUGAACGGAAGCUCAUCGUGCCGGUGCUGCCUGGCGCGGCCGCCGGACAAGGACCUAAAAUCACUAUACACAUGCCUCGGCAAGACAGAAGUUUACGGGGAUAUGCUCAAGGAAUGUUUUGAGAUACAUCUCAUGUUAGAGACUUGCGAGUCCGAUAAUGGGAUAUGCGAGGUUUGUAUAUCACGGCUUCGGGAUGCUUGCGACUUCAAGCAGCAGGUCAUGAGGUGUCAGGCCGAGCUGCAGAUGAAGAUGCUAGACGAUGCUGUCAAAGAUGAAGACGUCCCAAAGAUUAAAAUGGAAUACUCGGAUAUGGAGGAAAAUGAAAAUGGCAUAUAUUUUCUAGAAUUGAAAGAAGAGGUGUCAGAUUUCGAGGAUCUCAAAGAAGACGAAAAGAUCGCUGAGAUGUUGGGUUUAGAUGAUGUCACAAUGAAGAGGAAGACCUGUAAGAAAAAGAACAACAAAAAGAGACUGACGAUCGAUGAAAGUAGAGAUCGCAAAAGUAAAACAAUUAAAAUUAAAUCACCCCUAAAACUGUCAUUACGUGCGCUGUCGCAAAUAGAACAGCUGAACGAUUCGGUCACAUCUGACAUAUGCAUGGUUAGCGAGAACAAAAAACAUUGUCAAAACGUUGAAAAAAUACUAAAAUACUCCAAUUGUACCCCAUUCUCGAAUAAGACACUAGCUGGUAUAGUUUGCGCGUAUUGCAAAGAGACGUACCAGAAUCCCGACGAUCUGAGAUCACAUACCAAAAAAAUACACAAAUCUGACGAUUUAAACUACAACAAGCGUCUGGACAAAAGCAAUCUGUCCAUAAAAAUGGACAUAUCUGACCUGAAGUGUACCGUCUGUGGUGCCGGAGUCGAUACUAUAACUAAUCUUAAGAAGCACCUCACUAUUGAGCACGAUAUAAAAUUCUAUCCGGACGUCUACGACUAUAUAUUGGAAUUCAAACUGUCAGACAGCGAUCUGUUGGACUGCGCGCUAUGCAAUUCCACGUUCGAGACCUUCAAGAUGCUCCUCCAACACAUGAACGGCCACUACCGCAACUACAUCUGCGACAUCUGCGACAUGGGCUUCAUAAAUAAGCACAGGUUAAAAAACCACCAGCGCACCCACGAGAUAGGCACGUUCAAGUGCAGUUACUGCGACAAGGUCUUCGGUACUCAUGUUAGGAAAAUGUGCCACGAGAAGUACACGCACAACACGAACGCCAGAUACACGACGAACUGCCCGCACUGCGACCAGUCGUUCACCAGCUACUACCAAAGGAACCGGCACAUGUUCAACGAGCACAACAUAGCCGCCGCCACAUACAAGUGUAAUAUAUGCGACAAAUCCUUCAUACUCAAAUCCAAACUGACGUCACACAUCAAAAAAGUUCACCUGAUGGAGAGGAAUCACAUAUGCAGCGAGUGCGGCCAGGGGUUCUUCAUAAAACAGAGCCUGGACGAGCAUAUGAUAAAGCAUAACGGGGAGAGAGUGUUCAAAUGCACUGUUUGCCAUAAAGCAUAUGCGAGGAAGAAGACUUUAAGGGAACAUAUGCGGAUACAUAAUAACGACAGGCGUUUCAAAUGUGGCGUAUGCGGCCUGGCGUUCGUACAGAAGUGUAGUUUGAAAAGCCACAUGCUUUCAAACCAUGGACUUACUCUAUCAGAGUUCGAGAACUCGAGUAAGCUGAGCCCAUAGUCUCUUUUGUACACGGUUGAGUUUUUACUAUGUACAAGUCUUUGUACAGUUGAGGAAGUUGUUUCUGGCUGGCAAGUCGUGUUCAUAAAACGUAGACUUACUUAAGUAAAGUCAACAAGUACUUACUUGUUCUUAUUUAACAUUUCAAGUUUGAAUUCCGCCUGUAUUUUGUACACAGCCGAGUAAUUUUUUUUGUACACAAAGUUUUCGUUCAAUGUAACAGCAAGUGUGACAUUGUUAACAUCACAUUUGAAGUAUAUUUAAAGUGAUCUUGAAGUUUUUGUGGCUUUGAGUUACAAAAGUGUAAGAGACACUUUUAAACAAUACACUUACUCUGUUAUGUAUUACAUGUAAGUGUAUUCCAUGAUAACAUUUUUAUACACAACCACUUCAAGGUAAAAUAACUAUAAACUACAUACCAUAAACCCUCUGUUAUCACAAUUAACCUUAGUAUAGGUUUAUUUUAACUUUAAACUGAAAGUUUGAACCUUAGUCACUAUUCGGUGAUGCAAAUAUGCUGUGGUUCCCGAUCGAAAGACGUAAAACCCUCACAAAGGACACUGUAUGCUUAACACAAGUUGGCAUUCUCACUACAUACUGAGCGUAAACAGUUUUUUAUUUAUUAAGUAACUAAUACUUAACGAAAGACGAGAAUCGAAUCGUAUGUAGCGUGUCAAGCGAACCUGCAAGCGCAUUUGUCUCAUCAAUCUUCUCUCAUAAAAUCUUUCACCUUUCCUUUCUGCGCUCCUCAUUAAAUAUAAAAACUAUUUUGUUUACAACAGACAUCCAAACUCCCUUUUCUAUGAUUACGAUUUAUAUUUUUCAGUUUAAAUUUUAAAACAUGGAUUUUUAUACGGAAUAUGUUAUGGAUGUAUCAUAUAUUAAUUAUUUAUAGUGCAAUAAAUGUUUGUUGUAUGACGACUGUCACGAGAUGGCGCUGUAGCAAGUGAUUUUCAUAAAAAUAUCGAGUUAUAAGUUAUAAUGAAGAUUUUUUUUCUUUCGUUCUGUACAUAAAUAAAGCUAUAGAUUUUCUUUUGUACAUAGAUUUGAACAUUAAAUGUUUUUUUUUUUUAA